AUGCUUCAACCGCGGACCAUUUUUGGGGCACUAUGUCGAUGCAUUGGUUCAGCAACUUCAUCCAUCACCAAAAGGCCAAUACUGCCAAAAAAGCCAAGAUCAUCAGGAGAGGCUGGUACAUUCGUUGAUUAUCGUCGCGUUAAAUGUAUAGCUGGAAAUGGAGGCGACGGCAUGGUCUCUUUCUUCAGGUGUGACCGUAUUUAUGGGAUCUCAAUUGCAUUUCUCAAGAACGAAAAAAACAGGCGAAACCUGUUGGAAGCUAUAAAGGGUUAUCGUAAUCCAUUCGGUGGACCGGACGGCGGUGAUGGUGGGAACGGUGGUCACGUUCUGUUUAAAGCUUCCACACAUACUAAAGAUCUUUCACAUCUGAAAUCAGUAGAAAGAGCUGAGCGAGGAGAGUUUGGAGGAUCAAAAUCUUGCCAUGGGAAAUCUGCUGAGCACCUUGAGGUUGAGUUUUCAAAAAUACCUGUGCCUGUUGGCACGCUUUUCAAAAAUGACGGCAAAGUUGUGUUUGAGCUAGAGCACGAGGGCGAUGUUUUCUUGGGAGCACGUGGGGGUGCUGGAGGGCAUGGAAAUCAAUUUUACGUAUCGAAUGAUGUUCGAAAACCAUUCAAGGCAGAGGUUGGCGGUCGUGGGGAAGAGAUAGUUUACGAUGUAGAAAUGCGAGUUAUGGCUACAGCGGGUUUAGUUGGAUUUCCAAAUGCUGGCAAAUCGUCUUUACUUCGAGCAAUUUCACGAGCAAAACCAAAAGUAGCCGCCUAUCCAUUCACAACGCUAAAGCCUCAUGUGGGAAUGGUUCUUUAUGAUGACUACGAACAAAUAGCUGGGGGAAAAAAAGAAGUAAAACCUGCUUUUACAGUGGCUGACAUUCCCGGUCUCAUAGAAGGGGCGCAUGAAGAUCGAGGUCUUGGUAUUUCUUUUCUAAAACAUAUUGAGAGGUGUAGGUGUCUAUUCUAUGUGCUUGACGUUACGCUUGGUGAUUUUCGGGAACAAUUUGAUUUAUUGCGAGCAGAAUUGGAAGAAUACCGAGAAGGAUUAUCUUCUCGACCUACAGCUAUAAUUUUCAAUAAGAUUGAUCUCCAUCCUUCCGCGAGUUCUUAUAUUUUUCAAAAAGAGAACAACGACAGGAAUCGACUACUUUUCCAAGAAUAUCCAACAUUUUUCGUCUCAGCUAAAGGUGGUAUUGGCCUUGAAGAAUUGCUCAUCUAUUUAAGAGAAGAAUAUGAUAAAGCUAAAAUAAUUUAA